ACCUUGGAUGUUGUUAUGACGUCAUGAUAGGAGUAAUUUUCAAAUAUUUUUAAUUUAAAAAAGAUGAAAGUCUGUGACAGUUUGAUCAUGUGGCGCUAAAAAUAACUCACCUUAUAGCAAAACGGUUUUUAAUUUAUUUGUUGUUUACUCUAGAGUGCAGUAUAAAAUGCAUAAAUUGUUCCGUGGAUCCAGGACCAGUUUCUGGCGGUUUGCCAGAAAUCUGUCGUCACAAACCGCAAUCGAAGGGAAACCAUUCGAACUGCAUCUAUUGGAUGAAGGUCCUUCCAGGACAGUUGAGCUUACUAAGGAAGAAGCCAUCAAAAUUACCACUCAAAUGAACACAAUUCGGAAAUUAGAAACGGUAGCUGCUAAUUUAUAUAGGUCAAAACUGAUCCGAGGGUUUUGCCACUUAUACUCUGGAGAGGAAGCAUGUUCGGUUGGCGUGAAACAUGCGAUGCGCCCACAGGAUCUCCUCAUAACAUCAUACCGGGCCCACAGUUGGGCUUAUGUGAUGGGCUUAACCCUCGUUGAAAUACUGGCCGAGCUAACUGGUCGUGCGAAAGGCUGUUCCCGUGGCAAGGGUGGCUCAAUGCAUAUGUACGCCCCUAACUUCUAUGGAGGUAAUGGAAUCGUUGGAGCCCAAGUUCCAUUGGGAACUGGCUUAGCCCUUGCUUGCAAAUACAAAGGUGACGAUGCAGUAUCCUUUACCAUAUAUGGCGACGGAGCAGCCAAUCAAGGGCAAGUGUUUGAGUCCUUCAACAUGGCGUGCCUCUGGAAGCUGCCGAUUAUAUACAUCUGUGAGAACAAUAUGUACGGAAUGGGGACGUCUGCCGAGCGUUCGUCCUGCAAUACUAAAUACUUCCAACGCGGAGAUAGAAUACCAGGCUUGCUGGUGGAUGGCAUGGAUGUCGCGAGUGUCAUAAGUGCAACUCGCUUUGCAAUCCCCUACGCUCUUGAGAAUGGACCAAUUAUUCUAGAAUUCCUAACUUACCGCUACAGUGGACACUCAAUGUCUGAUCCUGGAACAAGCUACCGUUCCCGCGAUGAAGUACAAGAAACUCGCAAAAUGCGUGAUCCCAUCACAAAUUUCAAUAAUCAAAUGAAGGAAUCUGGGCUCUUGACUGAGGAAGAUUUGAAAGCUAUUGAUAAGAGAAUAAAUGAAGAAAUGACUGAGGCUACCAAAGUAGCUGAAGGGGAUAAUGAAAUUCCAAUGGAAGAACUUACUGCCGAUGUUUAUGCAUUCAAUUUAGAACCGGAAAUUCGGGGAGUGGUCGAGAGAAAUUUGAAACACAAAAAUAUUAAUACAAGCGUUAACGGGAAGAGGGAAACAAUGGCUAUGAAAUCAGAAGAAAGUUCGAAAACACAAAAUAAAGACUCGGGUGAAGUGGAUAAGCUGGUAGCUUCGAGGCAGGAUGGAAAUUUGAAAAGUGAAGGUAAAAAUUUAAGCGAGGAGGGUAAAAGAGAAGAUAAGGAGACAACUACUAUAGAGGGAACAACGACGAGUGAAAAGAAUGAUGCAGGAUCGAAAAAUACUUCAUAGAAAACUUAACCUUUGGAUAACUUG